UUCCGGUAGCCAGAUGCAGUCUAUUGUUGUUUUAAUCGUCUUUCUUCCUGCAUGUAUCGCAGCUGUGACGAACGUGUUGGUGCUGGGAGGAAACGGUUUUAUAGGAUCUGAGACGGUCCAUCAGUUGUUGGAGUCUGAAGGCGACAAAGUGAGAUUGACUCUGCUGAACAGAGGGAAUAGUUAUUGGGAUUCUAGUAGCAGAAUUACGCCUCGAAUCAAUCCUAUUUAUUGCAGUAGAAAUAGCAUCACGCAGUGCGACGAGCUUAUUUCAUCUAAGAAAUUUUAUGAUUUUGUGUUGGAUUUCUCAUCAUACGUUCCACGAAAUAUGGCAGAAAUCAUCGACAUAUUGACUGAUAGAGUUGGUGUGUAUAUUUAUAUCAGCACCGACUCUGUGUAUGAGGUGUGCCAGAGGAAGGAAGAUUCAAGUGAGUACCUCAGAGAAGAGGAUGCUGUUCGUCCAGCAUCAAACACAGAGAGACGAGAACUGAAUGCUCGUGAUAACUAUGGACACAGGAAACUUGGAUGUGAAGAAUUACUUCUAGAACAAAGAGAAAAUGGAGGGUUUCCGUAUGUUAUAUUACGACUGCCAGAUGUGAUUGGUCCGAGGGAUAACACAGAUCGUUGGUGGAGGUACCAACUGUGGAUACGAUUCCAUGUAAUGAUUGGUCAGCCAAUAUAUAUGCUUGACUGGAUGAGGCAUUCUCCACUUAGUUUGGUGUACAACAAAGAUGUUGCAAAAAUUAUUGUUGUUAUCAUGAAAGAGAGUGCCAACCACAUAGAUAGCAUGUACAAUUUGGCAUUCUCUGAGGUCACAACCCUUCAUCAACUGUUGCUUGAUAUGGCAGAUGUAAUGCAAGUCAGUGAGCCUAUAUUCUCACCUGAUAAUACAGUAAGAAACCAUUUCUUCCCUUCAGUUACUCGUGGACCAAUCAGCAUUGAGAAAGCAUUAAGACAACUUAAUUGGCAACCAACAUCACUGAAACAGGCAAUUGGAGAAACUGUUGAAUUUUAUGAACAAGCUAUGAUCAACCCCCAAUCUAAAGAGAAACGAGAUGCUGUUUUAAGUGACUUCAAGAGUGUUUACGUUCCCGCUGACAAGCAAGAUGCCUUUGAUAAAAGACUAGUAGAGAUUUAUCAUCAUUAUUCUAGAGAUGAAUUGUGAGUUUGACAGUGAACGUCAUGUAUCUUCAUGAUGUAGUUUCCAUGAACUAUCUGUAUGCAUCAGACAAGGCCCAAAAUGAAGUCUAUUGAAUGGCAUUCAAACCUCA